AUGGACAACGUAGAAGAACUUAUAGCAACCUUCCCGAUGUUUAUAGGAUUAGUGGUUGCCACCUUCCUCCUGAACACUGGUCGUGGCUUACAAGCCGUAAUGUUAGGCGAAGAAUGUUUAAAUUUUCUAAAAUCUAACGAGCUGAAAAAGAAGACCUGUUUCCAAUUUACCAUGGUAAUCAAUAAGUUAAUGUUCAAGGCGGCUUGCAUGGCUUCCAGUUACACAUCUGCAGAAAGAUAUGCAAAGGAACUUCUUGAUAUGUACCAUGCCUCUGGUGACACAAUUGAAAGAGGGAAAAUAACUUUAAUACUGGGAAAGAUAUAUCAGAGCCAAAAUGAGUUUGAAAAGGCAAAACAAUAUUAUCAGAAGGCAAUUGAUGUGACAGAAUGUACGGCUGACAAACAAACGAAAGCAAAAUGUUACUUUGCGAUGGGACAUUUAUCUUAUUCGCGUAGUGAAUAUCACAAAGCUAAGAAGUAUUUCGAGAACGCACUGGCAAUCACGGUGUCCUAUGGUGACAGAAUCAGGGAAGCUACCAUUUACGGAAACCUAGGUACAGUCGUUCAGUCACUUGGGGAAUACGACAAAGCUGAGAAAUAUUACAAGAAAGCACUCGAAAUCAGGAAAAAAACUGGCGACAGAAAGGGAGAAGCAGCUGACUACGGAAACUUAGGAACAUUGUUUCAUUCACUGGCUGAAUGCGAAAAGGCUAAAGAAUACACUGAGAAAGCACUUGCAAUCAGAAAGGAAAUUGGCGACAGAAAGGGAGAAGCAGCUGACUACGGAAACUUAGGAACAUUGUUUCAUUCACUGGGUGAAUACGAAAAGGCUAAAGAAUACACCGAGAAAGCACUUGCAAUCAGAAAGGAAAUUGGCGACAGAAAGGGAGAAGCAGCUGGCUACGGGAACUUAGGAACAAUGUUUCAGUCACUGGGUGAAUACGAAAAGGCUAAAGAAUACACCGAGAAAGCACUUCCAAUCAGAAAGGAAAUUGGCAACAGAGAGGGAGAAGCAGCUGACUACGGAAACUUAGGAACAUUGUUUCAUUCACUGGGUGAAUACCAAAAGGCUAAAGAAUACACCGAGAAAGCACUUGCAAUCAGAAAGGAAAUUGGCGACAGAAAGGGAGAAGCAGCUGGCUACGGAAACUUAGGAACAUUGUUUCAUUCACUGGCUGAAUACCAAAAGGCUAAAGAAUACACCGAGAAAGCACUUGCAAUCAGAAAGGAAAUUGGCGACAGAGAGGGAGAAGCAGCUGACUACGGAAACUUAGGAACAUUGUUUCACUCACUGGGUGAAUACGAAAAGGCUAAAGAAUACACCGAGAAAGCACUUGCAAUCAAAAUGGAAAUUGGCGACAGAAAGGGAGAAGCAGCUGGCUACGGAAACUUAGGAACAUUGUUUCAUUCACUGGGUGAAUACCAAAAGGCUAAAGAAUACACCGAGAAAGCACUUGCAAUCAGAAAGGAAAUUGGCGACAGAAAGGGAGAAGCAGCUGACUACGGAAACUUAGGAACAUUGUUUCAUUCACUGGCUGAAUACGAAAAGGCUAAAGAAUACACCGAGAAAGCACUUGCAAUCAAAAAGGAAAUUGGCAACAGAGAGGGAGAAGCAGCUGGCUACGGAAACUUAGGAACAUUGUUUCAGUCACUGGGUGAAUACGAAAAGGCUAAAGAAAACACCGAGAGAGCACUUGCAAUCAGAAAGGAAAUUGGCGACAGAGAGGGAGAAGCAGCUGACUACGGAAACUUAGGAACAUUGUUUCAUUCACUGGCUGAAUACGAAAAGGCUAAAGAAUACACCGAGAAAGCACUUGUAAUCAGAAAGGAAAUUGGCGACAGAGAGGGAGAAGCAGCUGACUACGGAAACUUAGGAACAUUGUUUCAUUCACUGGGUGAAUACGAAAAGGCUAAAGAAUACACCGAGAGAGCACUUGCAAUCAGAAAGGAAAUUGGCGACAGAAAGGGAGAAGCAGCUGACUACGGAAACUUAGGAACAUUGUUUCAUUCACUGGCUGAAUACGAAAAGGCUAAAGAAUACACCGAGAAAGCACUUGCAAUCAGAAAGGAAAUUGGCGACAGAGAGGGAGAAGCAGCUGACUACGGAAACCUAGGAGCAUUGUUUCAUUCGCUGGGUGAAUGCGAAAAGGCUAAAGAAUACACCGAGAAAGCACUUGGAAUCAGAAAGGAAAUUGGCGACAGACAGGGAGAAGCAGCUGACUACGGAAACUUAGGAUCAUUGUUUCAUUCACUGGGUGAACUUGACAAAGCUGAAGUACAUCUUAGCAAGGCUCUCUCAAUUUGCAAAGCCAUUGGACAUAAUAUGAAUGAGUUUAAAACUCUUUGUGGUCUAACGGUUUUGAAGUUGGCUCAGUCUAAUUUCCAAGAAGCGUUUUCGUAUCUUUUAGGAACUAUUGAAAAAUUCGAAAAACUGCGACACUUUGUAAAAGAUAAUGAUUACUUCAAAAUAUCUUUGUUGGAGAAGCAUGGUGCUUUUCCCUAUGAGAUACUCAGUGAAUUUCUUUUUGUUUCUGGGAAUCCUGAAGAUUCCCUUUACGUCGAAGAACUCAGACGGGCAAGAGCUCUAGCGGACUUGAUGACAGCUCAAUAUUCUGCUAAACAGCCCCAGUUUUCAGGUGAUCCGCAAUCGGCAUUGUUUUGCAUCCAUGAUAUCAUUAAAAGAGAAGCAAAUUGUACUUUUGUUUACCUUUCGGUUGAUGAUGAAGAUGUACGGAUUUGGGUUCUCAAAACAAGCGGACAGAUUCUUUUCCGGCGCAAAAAGGGAAAUGAUUCAGACAGUUUUGGAAAUGCCGACUCACUCCCAAAUCCGAAAGAGCUUUUUGCGGAGAGUUUCCGCCACUUUGCCAUCCCACCCACAGAGAAUUACGAAGAUCGCUCUUUAAAUGACGAACCUGUUCUAAAGUUAUCUGGCGAUGUUAAGCGAUCGCCUCCAUCUCACGAUGAAACUGAAUAUAUGAAAACAUGUCUGCGUUUGUUCCACAAAAUAAUUAUCGCUCCCGUGGCCGAUAUUUUGAAAGAGCCUGAAAUUAUCAUUGUCCCUGACAGCUGCAUGUAUCAAGUGCCAUUUGCAGCCUUGCUUGACGAGGGAGAAAGAUAUUUGUCUGAAAAAUUCAGGAUCCGCAUCGUUCCUUCCUUGACGGUCCUAAAGGUCAUUCAGGAUAGUCCUUCAAACUAUCACAGUAACACUGGGGCACUGAUAGUGGGUGAACCUGAAGUGAGAGAAGUGAUUUACAAGGGAAAUCAAAUGAUCCUUGAUCCAUUACCAGGUGCAAGAAAAGAAGCUGAAAUGAUUGGAAAAAUGCUUGGCGUCAUCCCAUUGUUAGGGAAAGAUGCAACAAAGGAGGCGGUUCUUGAACAGAUGAAGUCAGUUGCGUUGAUACAUUUUGCGGCUCACGGAAAUCCCGAUCGAGGAGAAAUAGCACUUUCCCCCGUCAGUACUACUAACAAUACUCCACAAGAAGAAGAAUACCUUUUGACGAUGGCUGACGUAUCAAAAGUUAAACUUCGAGCUAAACUGGUAGUUCUAAGCUGUUGUCACAGUGGGUGCGGAGAGAUUAAAGUCGAAGGAGUAAUUGGAAUCGCUCGAGCGUUCUUAGGAUCCGGUGCUCGGUCGGUGUUAGUGGCGCGGUGGGCCUUGGAAGACGAAUCAACGGAGCAGUUCAUGAAAUGUUUCUACGAACACUUGUUCCGUGGUGAGAGUGCCAGUGAAUCUCUUCACGAGGUCAGAAAGUGGAUGAGAGGUAACCCCAAGUAUUCUCAAGUGAAGAAAUGGGCUACGUUCAUGCUGAUUGGAGAUAAUGUGACAUUGAGGUAG